CCUGAGUUGAGUAACCUAUAAAAGAGCAGCGCAGCUUUCUGCGCCGUUAGACACGAUCAAGAUGCAGACAUUAUUGCGCGUCUUUUUGUUGAUAUCUCUCUCUCUGCUCACAGAUGUUUGUUGUGAGGAGGUAUUUGUCCGGGCUGGGGACAUGGUUGUACUGCAAUGUCCCAAAAGCAGAAGAACCAUGGCAAGCACACCAUCCUGGGCCAGUUACACGCCUCAAAAGAAGAUUUUAACCAGUGACACAAACUCCACUGCGCCGCUCCUGAUUCACAAGAGGAGCUUGGUUUUACUGAAAGCCUCUCCAGACCAUCAGGGGAAAUACUCCUGCUCUGUGGGGAACAAGACAUUUUGGUCCCAGCUAGUUGUCUUGACUGCAGUUUCUGAUGGUAGCCACUCGGGGGCGCAGUACACCACCACCUGCUUCACUGGGGACAGCUGCACUUUAAGAUGUCCCAUCUCCAACGCCCCUGCAUCAGACAUACCCUCGAUGACCCGCAACGGCAUCACAUGGACUAAGAGUGAGAGGACACUGUUUAAAGACGUUUUGUUCUUCUCAAGUGUUGAGGAGACUAAUCAGGGGACUUACGACUGCACUCGUUCCUAUCUCUACAAAGGUCAAACUUAUAACAUGACCUACACCAACAAACUCUUUGUCAAAGCUCCAGAACCACCGGCAGAUGUUAAGAUAAUUUCACCGCAGCAUGGUGCAAUUUUUGAAACUGUAUUAGGUUCUGGUUUUGUGAUCAACUGCAUAGCUACGUUAUCCUCAGAUUUUGAUGAGGUAUUUUGGAUGACUGACACAUCAUCUGUGGACUCUGAUACAAAUUUGAGAGUCUUCUCCAACUCUACAAUAUUAUCAGAUAACAAGGAGAUACAGAUGACAGCAUCGCUGAUCUUUAAAGAGGUUUUAGAAGAAGAUUUGUCAAAAGAUUUCACCUGCAAACUUGAAUCUGUGUCAGUGCCAUCAAGCUUUGUGACAAUCUCUCUGGAACAAAAAAAACAAGAAACAUCAGAUUUUCCUAUUGUCCUUUGUGUGUCCAUUGUGGUCAUACUGUUGGGGACUGCUGCAGCUGCUCUGACUUGUAUUAAAUUGAAAAAAGAUCUAUACCACCUCCUGCCACCACAAAGGAGAUGAGAGGAACCGUUUAUUGAGAUACGCCCUGGUCCUGGCUCUUUUAUAAUAAUAGUAUAAAUGGAUUAUCUUAUAUUGCACUUUUCUAGUCUCUCACAACAUUAUUUAUUCACUCAUAAUUAUGAGUUCUUGUUAUGUAAAUGUAUUCAACUUUAUUUAUUAAAGAUCCUGUCUCUUGUGAGCUUUAAGUCAUA